CCUCCGCAAAUUCCGAUCUGUAGAGCGUCUGACCGCCGGUGGGCGAGUCGGGGUGUGUCUGCGAGCAAGGGAGCGAGCGUUUCAACCACCGAGGCGAAGGCGUCUCUCCACCGAAUGAUAAAAUGCAGCAGAAUCGGAAACUGACACUUUUUCGACAGUAACCUGACACUUGUUUAUCGUUUUGGUGAAACUGCGUUGGAAACAUGAAGAAACACCAGAGCCCGGCCAAGCUACCAGUUGAAGUCAGUGUGCCAGACAGCGAAGCUACUGUGCAACAACUCAACGAGCUAUUGUCAAACGGCAGCGGAUUCUACAGCUUACCAGCACAACAUUUCAACGAGGUGUUUCCCCGGAUUUACAUUGGCAACGCGUUUGUGGCCCAGAAUGUGAUGCGGCUGCAGAAGCUGGGGGUGACACACAUCCUCAACACAGCGGAGGGUAACUCCUUCAUGCAUGUGAAUACCAAUGCAGAGUUCUAUGCAGGCACCGGCAUCACGUACCAUGGCAUCAAGGCCAACGACACAGAGCAAUUUGUCCUCAGUGCCUUCUUUGAGGAGGGGGCAGAGUUUAUCGACAAGGCCCUGUCUGGGAAAGGGAAAGUAUACGUUCACUGCCGAGAGGGCUAUAGCCGCUCUCCCACCAUUGUCAUCGCAUACCUCAUGCUCCGCCACAAGAUGGAUGUGAGGGUUGCCGUGGCGACCGUGCGACACAAGCGUGAGAUUGGACCCAACGACGGGUUCCUUCGCCAGCUGUGCCAACUCAAUGAGAAGCUGGCCAAGGAGGGCAAACUCAAGACCAAAUGAGAGGAGGACCCCUGGCACUCUCAUCUGCCCCCCCCCUCCUCUCCCCUCCUGGGGCUUCCCCAGUCCUGCCUGAGAACCACCACUGGGCUAUGUGGGGACUCUAAUCUGCACCAGGCCAGCUGCAUACACACAAAUACACACGCACACACACACACACACACACACACACACACAUUUUGUGUGUCUACACAAAAACACAUGUAUAAUUUAAAUACAGGUACUCAAACACCACACACACAUACAGUUUACCAACUUUAUAUAAUCCCGUAAUCAUUUUAUAUCAUUAGCAUUCUAACUUAUCACCGUGCCGGUGUGGUAGGGUGGGUGUAUGUAAGCUUCAGUGAAGGAUGGGGAAGCAGCCUUCUCAUUUCUCCAUCUCUCUCUGCUUUUGAUCAUGAUUACUGCCCCCACCUUCUUGUAAAUCACCUCACAAAAAGCCUCCACAGGUACAGCACAGUGAUAGUCACUGUUCCACCUGUUACGCACUCCUAUGAUCACAGUUGAGUAUGUGUCGCAUUGUCCAAUUUUGGAGCUUGAGGGCCCAGACACCUAUAGAAACUUAGAUUAUAGCACAAUCAUUCCAUGGAUUUCCCACUGCCGUUCCUUACCCCAUCCAUGUAUGGAGGGCCACAAUGUUAAGGCACCUAACAAAACAGGAGCGCUUGUUGGCCUCCUUUGGAAAGAGCACCAAGAUUUUUUUCCAUCAUGUAACACAGGGUCAGUGCUGUUUUGGGGUAGACAAAGACUCGAAACCUUGUGAGAAAAAGUAAUUUCUCUCUGUCACGUAUUUUUAACUCCCAUUCUUCCAGAAACUAGGUUAGAUAAGUUGGAAUCCUCAGAGAGUUUUCUAGAAAUCAGACUGUCUGCGCUGAUACGUCUUCAGUAAUAAUUAGGCCUGGCCCAGAACCUGCCCUUAGUGGGAAGACAAAAAACAUUCCAUGCUAGGUCAUAAAGAAGCCCCUAGCCUCUGCCUGCACACAUAUGCAUCACAACAAACCUGAAUCCAUAGGUACGUUCAAAUUCCCUAAACAGCAGCAAACGUUCAAGCCGAAUAUGUAUUCUCCAAACAGUUAAAUUUGAACGAUUUGGUGUAAACAUUCUAUUGUAACAGUAAUACUUCAUCCAGCUCACUUCCAGCUCCACUGUAUGUUAGCGGUGAACUACCUUCUCAAACGAUUUGCGACUGUUUGCAAACGUUCGCCUAUGUUCGCGAAUUUGAACGCACCUCUGGUAACAGGCCAGUUCUAUGCAGAUGUGACAUUGCCAAUGCUUCGACUACUCCCAUACAACAGUUGUCUACAUAGUCUGGCACAAUUGAGUAGAAAGCCACAGCCUUGCCAUGCCAGUUAGUCACUGCCAAAAUGCAACACUAAAUGACAAGGUCCAGGGAUUUAAAUUGAAUUUCCAUCUUCUGCUGGAGUAAUAACAGACUCUCCAUUACCGUUAAACUCCGACAAUCAUUUUUGACACGUCCCAGUAUACUCAUAUAGACCCUUUCAACUGUAUAACACAGGUGUGUUCUUUUAAGGCAUUUACGGUGGAACAAAAAACUGUUUUAGAGUCCAAAUUUUGUAGAGCAUUACACCAAAAGUCCAAUUCAUUUUCAUGUUCAAAGUAUCUGCGUUGGUUUUGUAUGUUUUAACUGGAAAUCCUCCAGGAACAGAUUGAAACGGUCUAUAUAUACAAGGUUAUACAAUAUAUGUUUUACCUGACCAUUACAAAAGUCUUACCAAAAUCAUUAAGUAAAGUUUUAUUACAUCUUGAAUCCAACUUAAUUGAAACUAAAAGUAAUAUUUUACACUGAGGCUUUUUUGGUGAUUCUGUGCAAGACUUUUGAACAGUAUUUCGGCAAAGUUACAACCGGCCACAAAUUCUUUGACUUGGAAUAAGACUCACUGCUCUGAAACAAUAAAUUAUGUAGGAGUACAACUUUUCUAUCGUAUGCAUGUAUUCUGUAGGAUUUACUUUGAGAAUUUCACAUUUGAACAUUUUUGUUGGAAAAGCAAGAUGCCAUUCACCGCCAUUAUGAGUUGUUUCCCAUCAACAUAUUUUCUCGUCUGUUCAAAGUAUACAGAAAUGUGCCAAAAUAAUUGUCGGUGGCAUUGGUCAGUAUGCCAUUAAUGCAGCACCUAACAAUUAGGUAUAAAAACACUGAACUUGUCCUUUAAAAGAAACAUCCAUUGAGUUACUUUAAAACACUGUUCACACAAGAUCUCACAAAACCUGCAAACCCAUUCACCCGAUGCUGCCUUGGUCCAUAUGCAUAACUUAUCGGAUAAUGGUCUGAAAUCUUUGAAUAGGGACAAACCAGAUUUUCUGGUUGAAAGUGAAUGGGGACUGGUUUGGUGAUGACAACAGAAAGCAGUUUCAUUUUACAUCUGACUAUAAUAUAACUGCUGUAGUUGUGGGAAACGUUAAAUUCUCAAUGGAAAGGAUAUUACAUAGCUCAUCUCCGUAUUGGCUCAAUAAGUUUGAUUAAGUGAUUUUAGGUAAAGGGUUCUUUGUUAAUGAUAUAUGAGUUAUGAGCUGACCUUGUAAUUUUGAGCAUUACUUGGAUUGAAACUCAUUAACUAUACAAGCGGGAUGUGAACAGGACGAUACCAGAGGAAUGCUUCCAGACCAUAAUGAACACAGUGAAUGUGGGUUUGGUAGAGUGAGAGUAGAUGAUAGUCCCCACAUUCCCACUAUGUCUCAUCUGGGUCUUUGUGUCUCAUAUAGGCAUUUAGUACUUUUGAAGACAGGGUGGAUGGAUGCACUGUACGCGUGUGCAGUAUAGUAUGAGUGAAUCAGAGUAUCAAAAUGGCCUCUUCCCUGAGGGGUGUUUUGUCCCAACUUUCUGGCCUUGUGAGGGCAAGGUAGCACAGUGGCGAUGACCCAUAGCCUCAGUGAACAUUCCGUCUUGAUCAGAGAAGCACUAAUGCGAGGCCCAGCCAGUCCCUUCCUACAUGACAACCAGGAUCACUUCCAUUUGGAUUGAGUGCACAAAAAAAGAGGGAUCGGGCAAUCAGUUCACCCACGUCAGAUCGAUUGGACUUGUGACCAAAGGCCCCCAAGGCUGAUUUGUGUGUUCGCAAUGAUCUAGGGUCCUUCAUAAAUCACACAUCCCCACACCACUUGACACACACACACACACACAUGCACAGCACACACACACCACUCAAUUUAAGUUCUGCCACAAGGCACAGUAUAGCCUAGUACUCUUCUUCAUAUACAUGUACAGAUAUAUACAUAUAGAUAUAUACAUGUAUAUACAUAUUUAAGUGUUGACAUAUAUGAAUGUAUAAUAAAUGUAUCUAUAAUGUAUAGGUAUUAUCAGUACAUGUGUUAGUUGGUUAAGGUAAAUAUUCAGCAUAGUCUCUGUAGCUUAACCUCACAUUAUAGUGUUAUAACUUUCACCACCAAAUACUGCUUCCACUUAAACAUCAUCAUAACGUGAUUACUUUCCAUACAUCAUAUCGUAUAUAUAUAUAUAUAGUGCCUGUUUUAUAUAUGUGUCAAAACUAUCAAGAAAACAUCACAAUUCCUGUUUUUUAUUUGUUAUUUUAUAUAUGUGUAUGUCAGCAAAUGUUAAUAUUAAUGGUGAUGUUGAGCUAUAGCUUUGUGUUAUAAUUGUGAUGUUUUAAAGGUAUCAUUUGUCUCAUUUGUGGUGACCAUGGUGAUAAAUGAUCCUCAGUAGUGUCAGUAAGAAGGCCCACUGUAAGUCUUCCCUGAAGACUUAGGACAGCCAUGGGCUAUGUCUACAUUUGAUCUCACCUGUCAUCGAUGCUGCUUUUCAUUGCUGCACAAAAAUGUUUAUUUUCUGAGAAACAAAUAAAUUCAACUAUACAAUACAAACGCAUACAAAUACACACGCUCUAUAAACAUUCCUGUAUAAUCUGGAGACAUAGGCUUUGUACAACCUAUAUGACUGUAGUUAUAUAUACCAUAACCCGUGUGCCCUUUCACUCAAAUUGUACACAGUGAACGAAUAAGGAUUGUUUGUGCCAAGUGAAGCGCCAAAAUGAAUCAAUAGACAUAAAUGUUUACAGACAUGUUCUUUACAAAUUUUAAAGCUGAACUCGGCCCUAACUUUUCAUGUCAUAGUGACGUUGAAUGGAUCUAAGGAUGAUUUCUGUUAGGUCAUAUAGAGGACACUCAGUCAGUUAGACUAAGAGUCCAUUUCUGAACUUUUGGUCUAAGAUGGCAUCUUAUCUUUGAUGUAUGUUGGCUUUACUAUUGUCACAGAGAUCUUUGAGUCAUUGGAUAACAGAUGACCAAUGUAUUAUUUAAAACAUACAGUUUGGUUAGGGUGAAUGUUCACCGGCUAGAACAUGAAUUCUUCGAUUGGAUUGUGUGGUUCAACAUGAUUGUACUUAGAGUGAUAUUGUUUACGGUGAACGCCCUUACCUAGAUGAUAGAACUGGUGGAAGAUGCAACACUGCCACCUACUGUUGACCAGCUCUAGUUUGCACAAAAAUCCCUGAAUAAGUUUAUUGUCAAUACUUAAUUAAUCUGAUUAUUCUUCAUACUCAAUCCAGUUUGUGAACUCUUAUUUUUAUUUUAAUGACAUUAUAAGAAAGGUCAGAAUUUGUUCUAGUUGCUUACAGUUUGUAUUCUCGUAACAGCUGUGUCAAAUUCCCUAUUUGAGACUAACAUGUUUCAUUAAUUAAGUUGUUCCUAUAACAAAAUUCCGUUUGGCUGAAAAUAGGUCGUUUUUUUAUGAUUUGCUGUGAAUUCCUGUCCAAAAGCUAUUCUUAUUUAAAUGCAUCCCAUGUUUACACAAUACUCUUGACUGGGCUGCACUCAGAACUUGGCUUAGGUCACAACCUGCUCAUGCACGUGCAUGAGUUGCAUAAUUACUGAAUUCAUUCUUUCGCACGAAAGCUAAAUCCCAAACUGACCCCCCCUCCCCCCCACCCCCGAUUUAAGUUUGACAUUUGUAUUGGGUACAUAGCCUAGCUACAACAUCUCUGUGUGUGUCCACUCGAACACACCACAUGACGUCAGUCUAAACUGCUGUACAUUUUGAUAUGACAGCACCACCGUGCAGCAGGUUACUCUGACCCCCCAUCAUGACGACAGCUUUCACAUCUGCAGGGGAUUGAGCCCAAGUAACCUCAGUGGCCCUCCUCCAAUAAUAAGGCACCUGUCAUGCACUCCCAGCACCCCCAAACACACAACCACUAAUCACAAUAUUACUUUGAUGUUACACAGAUGUUUGACGUUAUGAACAUGGACACUGUAUGACUCAAGAAUUUAGGCAUACAUAACUCCAGUGUUGCGAAGGUGAUUUUGAAAUGGUACAAAGCAAGACAGUGGUACAAACAGGGAAUGCAUUGACACAAAAUGAGCUGUUCUCACCACAUUCCACCUUAAAGCCUUAUACGGAAGACUGAUUUUUUAUAUUUAUAUUUUUGAUUUAUGUAUCCACGGCUCACCAAGCGAACAGGACAGCUCCUCCACAGAUAUAUAGACACUGUUUGUUGAAGUGCACUUGAUUUCAAAUGCCAAUGUUAUUUUUUUUACCCGGGAAAGUUCUUUUUUCUCCUUUCUUAUGUUGAACAAUAAAUGGCUAAAAUAACA